AUGCCGAUGCAGGAAGCUCUCGUCAUCUUCACAGGACUGGUCCCCGCCAAAGACCAGCCCUCUCAGGGGGAUGAAGAAAAAGACCCUCCCAAGAGCUAUCCUUACUCUGUGGAGACCCCGUACGGUUUUCAUUUAGACCUGGACUUCCUCAAGUAUGUGGAUGACAUUGAGAAGGGAAACACCAUCAAAAGGAUCCCCAUCCACAGAAGGGCCAAGCCGGCCAAGUUCAGCACUUUGCCAAGGAACUUCAGCCUUCCUAAUGGCGGGGCUCGUCCCCAGGCCGCUCUGCCCCACCAAAACUGGUCUCCAGGGGUGCCGAGGAAAGUCUCGCUUGGGACACAGGAGCAAACCCCAUCACUGCCACCUGGUAGUCCCCCCCAGGCCACAGCUAGCAGGGGUGAGCUGAGCUACCAUCGCAGGGCCCUACUGGCAGAGGCCACCAGGCAGCUGGAGCCUGCGGCCCCGGAGGAGGGCAGUGGACGGCCCCAGCUUUUGAGAGCAUCCAGCAUGCCGGCUACGCUGCAGCAGCACAGGCCUGCACUCCAGGGUGAGGGCCCCAUCUGUGAUGGCGCCUUCGGCCCCGCAGAAGGGUUUACAGGUGUUGGCAGCUCUACUCUGCAAGCGUCACCACCACCCCAGCUGGUCCGGGAAGGAGCUGAGCCCACAGAAGGGAACUUGAAGACACCAGACCACCUCUCCCUCCCAGAGCCUCCUCCCUCCUUCCAGAAUGCACUUGGAGUUCUGGCGGAUGCAGAAGAUGAGCCUGAAACCAGAGGAUCAGAGGUGUUCACUCCUGGGCCCCCGACACCAAGCCCCCCACCCCUGCCAUCACCCGUCCCCGAGAGCGAGCUGCCCCUGCAGGAGAUUGAGCUGAGCAUCAGUGAGCUCCCUCCCCCGCCGCCCGUGGCUGUGGACGUGAGAAGUGUGGGGGUCACAGUCAGUGAGAAUGGCCUGGGCCUGGCGGGCUGUGUGGGCAGUGUCCCCAGCCUGCAGCAGCAGGUGUCAGCCCUCGAGGGUGAGCUGUCGGGAAAAACCGAGGAGCUGGUGCGGGUCAGGGCCGCCCUCCAGCAGCGGGAGGAGGAAGCCAGGGCCAAGGAGCAGAAGAUUCAGGAGCUGGAGCACGCCGUGGCCCAGCUGGAAGGAAAGCUUCGCCAAGAGGCUGCCAGAGACAACCAGGGCAGGACUGACGCCACGGUGAACACAGACCCUGUUGGUGGACUCUGGACCAGGGAGCUGUGUGACAAAGGCAUUGAGGUCAGCCUUCUGCACGUCACAGAAUCCGAGAGCCCAGGGGCCCAAGCAGGGCAGAACGGCCUCCCCUGGGGACAAAACAGGCCUAGACAAGGGGAUCAGAGCCCAGGAGAGCACGCACUGCUUUCCGCGCUGCCAGUGCUGCAGGGCCCCGGGUGGGUCCCUUCCUCUCCACACAGCUGCCUCUCCACAGAACUCAGGAUCGAGGAACCGGGCCCCGAGCAGGAGGGAGGCCCUCAGGGAGGACCCGAGGGCCUGGCCUGGGGAGCAGGGGCCUCUUCUUGGAGCAGCGACAGAAAGUCUCCCCCAGCAGGGAGGGAGGAGGCCAGCUCAGAUCUCCCAGGGAAGGAGUCCCUGGGAAGGCCGCCGAGCUCGCCAACAGAUGCCACCCUCGGGCAGUAUGUGAAGAAGAUCCAGGAGCUUCUGCAGGAGCAGUGGAACUGCCUGGAGCACGGCUACCCCGAGCUGGCCAGCGCCAUCAGGCAGCCAGCCUCCAAGCUGAGCAGCAUCCAGAACCAGCUGCUAAGCUCCCUCAACCUGCUGCUGUCGGCCUGCUCCGCCCAGGCGGCCCCGCAGAGGGAGCCCCCAGCCCCCACCUCCUCCUCCCCACCUAUGGAGAUCUCCCCGCCGACCAGCCUUAAAUCCAUAAUGAAAAAGAAAGACUAUGGCUUCCGAGCAGGAGGUAAUGGGACCAAAAAGAACCUUCAGUUUGUUGGGGUUAACGGUGGCUAUGAGACCACCUCGAGUGAGGAGACCAGCGGUGAGGACAGCUCCCCAGAAGACUUGUCUGACAGCGAGGCUGAGAAGAAGGGUGACAGCCUAGAAGACAGGCAGACCAAGGCCGUCCCCCCUGGCUGUGAGGCUGGGCAGGGCGUCCCCCACGCAGGCCAGGACAGUGGGCCUGGGGAUGAAGUCCCCCACUCCAAGGCUGAGAGAUGUAAACCCUCAGAAGAAUUUCUUAAUGCAUGCCGGACCUUGAGCCAACAUCUGCCGGAAACUGGGACCACCGCCGACCAACUCUUGAGGCAAAGCUUGAACACCAUCAGUCAGGAGUGGUUCCGCAUCUCCAGUCGGAAGUUGUCCAGUCCUGCUGUGGUGGCCGCCUACCUCCGCGGGGUCCAGCCUCACUCCUCACACUUCCUGAAGCUGCUUGUCAACCUGGCUGAUCGCAAUGGGAACACUGCCCUCCACUACAGCGUGUCCCACUCCAACUUCUCCAUCGCAAAGCUGCUGCUGGACACAGGUCAGAAACGAGGAGGCCAGACUGCGCUGAUGCUGGGAGUCAGCCACGACAGGGAGGACAUGGUCCGCGCGCUGCUGAGCUGCCAGGCAGACGUCAACCUGCAGGACCACGAGGGAGCCUCCGCCCUCAUGCUGGCCUGUCACCACGGCAACUCCGACCUAGUGCGGCUGCUCCUGGCACACCCUGCCUGCGACAGCAGCCUAACUGACAAGGCCGGCCGCACGGCUUUGUCCAUCGUUCUGAAAUCACCCACCCAUAUGGAAAUCGCAGCGCUUCUUCAGGCCCACGGGGAGCAGGGCAGGUCCCUGGGGCCUUAGUGGCCGCAGAACUGGCAGCUGGGAACAAAAGCCUCCUUUUCUGGAUUCCUCCUGCACCCUUGCAGAGGUUAGGGGUCACGGCCAGAGGGCCGCCCCUCCAGAGAAGAAACUAUUUCAGAUAUGCACAGGCAUUCCUGGAGUGAUUC